AACCAGGUCUUCGAAGGCCUAGCAGCAAAAACCAUUGUCAUAUUCGGAAUCAGCAUAGUCGAUAACCUAUUCUCCACUAGAUUUCAACAAAAAAGCGAGCGGACACUUGGGGCAGUUCCCUCGUGAGCCCAAAUGCAUAGCACUAUUAACAAUCAACACAGCUUUAUAAUGUAAAUCAUAUAUAGCUUUGAGAUAAGCUGAAGCACCAUCUUUAAAACUGAUAUUUGUGUGUAGCUCUUUCAAAGAAGUAUAAACAAGAGUGAGCGUGCUCAGUAAAUGUUUCGUAUCGUCGCAUUAAGUAACGAACAAAGUUGCACUUUUUACAUAUUUCUUUCACAUGCAAUGAUCAGUCUAGAAGUUUCGGUAGUUGUACUCCUAGAUGUUUAUGAUGGUCAACAAACUUUAAUGCAGUAGGAGGAGCUGAAACAACAAAAACUGACUGAAAAGAAGUUAAUCAGAGAUUCUUUUUUAUGUGCUCAUACAAUUUAUUGAAAACGAGUCUUUUUAAUAUUUUUGAAACAACAGUAGCCAGUCGCUCACAUGCAUUUUUUCGUCAACCAGUAAUAAUUAUUCAACUUGCAGUUGGUAUCAGAUCAAACUUGUAUGAUGUCUUUUAUUUGUUGGAUAAUCACUUCUCGCUCAUACGUGUAACAAUCUCCACUCACUUUAGAAACAAAAAAAAACGGUAUACAAAUUAGGCAUCGAACUACAUGUGCAUGUAUCUCAUGAGAUAAUAAAUUAACCUUUCUUUUAUCUCAUAUUGCACUUUUCAUUCUGUUCUUUUAACACAAGGUAGAAAUAUAGAAAAAAGUCUUUCUGUUCUUAUCAUUCAAGAAUUUUGUUACCUUUCACUAUUGUUGUUAUAUCUGAUUCACGGUAAAAAAAGCGACCAUUUCUUCUCAUCAUCACACGGUUGUCAGUUUUCACUAAAAAAAAUAGUUGAACUUAUGGCAACCUGUAGAACAUUUCAACGUUUAACCCUAUGAUGAAACGUAUCAAAAACAGUUAAUUACAAUUUUAACUUUUCUCUCACUACAAUUUUAAAUUUACUGGAGAAAAUGAAAAUUUGCGCCGUUGAAAGUUGAGUGCGAUUUUUCAAGGCAUCAGCCUAUUCAAAUCUAAACUUGAAAAUAAAGAUAUUUUACGGUCUUCGUAGCACCUCUUAGGAGAUUAAAUGUUGCGGGAAGAUUUUCAAAGGCGAAUGGGCUUUUCUAAUAAUAGAUAUCAACGUCUUCGUAACAAAAUCGAUUCGUUGGACCGAUUGAUCUACGCCUACUACUAAAAAACAACGCAAAAAUUGGUUGUCCGUAGUAACCUGUUAACGAUUUACCGAAUUCGUGUGCUUAUGCUCUAGUGGCAGCACAGGAUUGCCAGCGAACUUAGAAGUGACACAAAAUCAAUUCUCAUGAUACAUCACGUCUAAUAAAAAAUGUAAAGCACAGUUUAUAUUUUUUAUGUUUUUUUCCAACCUAAUUCUCAAUUUCUGAUUGUUUUGUUCCAGAUAUAGAUAUGGCAAACCGAACGAUAAUCAUGCCAACAAUAGCUGGUGCCGCAUUAUAUGUGAGUAAUGACAGAGUAUCAAAUUUAUUUCAAGAACCUUGAUAUAUUUACUUGGUACUUAUGCGCAGAGGCGGCGAAACGUUUUCAUAUGGGGUAAGGCUCACUUUUCAAAAAUUUACUGAGUCAAACAAAAUACUCAGCCGCAAAACUAAACUGUAUAUGUGGCAACAGAAAAAGACAAAAAGAAAAGAAUUGCGUGGCUGUAUAGUCACGCAUUAAAUGUAUGAUUAAUGAAAAAUCCCUAGUGGAAAACUGAUAUUUAUCUUUGGAACGGGGUAAGGCUGAGCCAAAGAGAGCCUUACCCCGUCUAGUGGCUCUGCCGCCUAUGUUUAUGCGCCGUUCAAUAGAAUAGUAUUCAAAUAAUUUAUCAAACUUUUCAAAACAAAAAUGUAUUGUUUCAUUUAGACCUAUUAUAUUAGUCGUCAAAACAACAAUAAAAUAAAUACCGUGUCGCGCAAGGAACCAUCCUCUGUUUUCCCGACAACUCUGGUUGUUGGCACGGGUGUGGUGGGUCUCACAACAGCAUAUUACCUGGCCAAAAAUGGACAUCAAGUAAUUUGUAUUGAAAAACGUGAAGAUGUGGCGCUUGAAACAAGAUUACUGCACCUUGCAUACACAGAUUCUAAUUACUUUAAGCACCCCAUUCCAUUUUCAUCCUAUACCCGUGGCACUCUCCAACUAGCCACCGAUCGUUCUUUAUUUGAUUCUCUUGCCAAAGAUUUGAAUCAGUCAGAUACCAAGGAUCAAAUAUUCAGCACGAAUGACGAGGUUAUUCGUCAAGAGCCUGUGCUUGAAGCAGUUCGUGAUCGGAUUUACGGUGGCAUCUACAAUGCGAUGGAUACUAAUGGUGAUAUUUGGGAAUUUUGUCAGAAUUUAAAAGAGAUUCUUGUGGAAAAAUAUCAGGUCAAGUUCAUUUUCAAUGAAGAAGUAAAAGGUUUUGAAGUGGAAGAAAUAGAGAAACAGAAACAAUAUCGUGUUACUGCAGUUCUGACACAGAAUGGAAACAGAAUUGAUGGUGAUAAUGUGGUGAUUGCUAAUGGAACAUACAUGACACCAUUAAUGAAACAACUAAACGUCUACAUACCUGUUUAUCCUGUUAAAGGUUAUGUCGUUGAAAUUAUCACUCCACCUAAUAUUCCACUUCCCCUCGUCAAUAUAUGUGAUGAAGUCAAGAAAAUAUACAUCUCAGCUUUGGCUCCCAAUUCUGAACGAGGAGUGGUUCGUGUUAGUGGACUAGCUGAAUUUGCUGGAUGGAAAGAUAUUGGUGUAGUGAGUGAACCGCAUCGUGCCGAGUAUCUGUUGAAACAGACUUUAUCCUGGCUACCACAUCUAUCUUCUUAUCCAACAAAGUUUUACUCUUGUUCUCGACCGGUUUCACCUGACGAUGUGCCUAUUAUUGGUCAAGUACGCAGUUCAGCAGUUGUUUACGAGAAUGUCUAUGUCAAUGGUGGACAUGGUUCGAAAGGUUGGACGCUGGCUUUUGGGUCUAGUUCACUUUUGGCAGAAAUCAUUCAGAAUAAAACGCAGACAUCGAUAGAAUCAACUCCAUAUGCUCCACAACGGUUCGCAUGA